AUGUCAGCACCACGGAGACCUUCUGGUCCCAUAAGGCAACAUUCUCUUCAACAACCUCCUCGGCGUCAACAAUUCCGACGUCAGCGAUCCGCUGACGAGGAAAAACCUCUCCAAAUUUACACAAACCCUAUACGCGCACGAUUUUGUGGAAGUCCAAAAACUGACAUCGAUCGACCCAAAAUUCGAAUCGCAUGGGGCGAACAAAAAUCGAAAAGUGAGGACCAAGUUGAAAUCGUCGCUCGACAGAUUCCUGGAAAAUCGAGACCACCAACGGCCAGAAACUUAAAAAAUUCCUCCAGACCCUCAAUUACAGAGAAAGCCACGAUCCUCUACUCUCGCCAAGAACUUGCUGAGAGACUGCGACUCGCCUGGAAACAGAGAGAGGAAAAUAAAUCGAAUAUUGAUAUAUUCCUGGCUCACAAUACUGUUGAGGAACGAUCUGAUUCGCAGCUAUCUACCUCUAGGAGUGUUACAGCUCCGCCCACUCCUCUUGCAAGACACCUUACAAAGAGACGUCAAGAGCUUCAGAAAGUGCUGAACCCUGGUCCUAAGAUCAUCGCUACUUUUGGAAAACCUAAAAACAAUCAAUCAACUCCAGUAGUCAAAACUGAAACCCAAAUAGAUAUUAAGUUAAGUGGAGCUGAAUUAAAAAUUAAAAAUGAGGAAGAGGAAGCGGGUGACCAACCAAUGGAAGAUGCGCUAAACCUCCAGACUUUUGGGAGAGCUUUUUUUAAGCCCAAAGAAACCCUAUAUAAUCAGGCAUCCAAUCAAGGAUCAACUCAUCAGGUAUUGAACGACGAAUCGAAUAAUGUUAAGAAGGUCGAAGGUAAGGAAACUCCUGAAGAAUCGGGAACAACUGAAAAGAAGAAAUCUUGCAUCAGCAUCGACUGGACAAACACAACUGAAGAAGUUCCUGUUACAAAUCUAUCAAACCGAACCAAGGAAGAUUCAGCUUCAGUUUCUUCAGCAAAAUUGAAACGCGCUAACUUUCAAAGUGGACUCAACAAGGCCUUCGUUGGACCCAUCAUCGAAAAGACGAUGACCUUAAAAGUGGCAGACAAGAUGUCUACUUCGAACGAACUAAAAUUUAGAAGAACAAGUUCAGCUCCUCCGAUUCGACGGGCAAUGAGUGUCUCAUCAGGUAGGACUCAAGUCAACAUUGUGAUAGAUGCACCUGCAACCAAGAAUGCAUUUUCCGAUAAAUUGGAAUUGAAGUUGCACGAUAGGAAAGAUGCCAUGAGAGUGGUAACUAGUGAUAACGAGCCUCCUAUAAAGAGUGCCAUUUCCCAUCGUCCGAUAAAAUCAGCACCAAUCAAGAGGCGAACGAGAAGCGGAAAAAGACGAGGAUAUGCAAUUGGAUCUAAGGAUGGGGAUAAUGAUUGCCAGGAGAGACCUCGCGGUAGCAGAGGAGGUAGGCUGAAUUUUGAAAACCGGAUGACUGAUGUUGUCACUAUGGUUUCUCUGAUCAGCUCGGCCGAUAGUGACAGCGAUGUUGAAGAAAAUUCUCUCAAGGAUGAUAAAUUGAUUCAUCAGUUGAGGAAGAAGCUGCCCACUACGCCGAUCAUCAAGUCCUCUACCAAUCAUGUCAUUCCAAAUAGUCGGAGACCCAUCAAGUCGGUUUCUUUUCAGCAAGAAUCUUUUGACGAGGAUUCACCGCAGAAAAUUGAAUCUGCGAAGGAAGAGAAAAAAAUAUUUCUGACGCGAUAUACGUUAGUGUGUGGAGGAAAUAGUAGACCCUCGACACCGGAAGAGACGACGACCUGGAGAACGGAAGUUGCCAAGCUGGUGCCUCCGCUUCCACCACUUGCCCAAGAAACUGAACCCUUAAAUAUUCCAUUAACAGAUCGAGAAAAACGCUGCUUGGCUGUGCCAAUCGCCGAUCUCAGGGACAAAAAACGAAAGCUUUUACGCACACGAAGUACCCCUCCAAAACCCAGUGAAAUUAUUAUGACUGAGAGGAUUGAAUCGAGUUUACAGAUUAGAAAUUUGCAAAACCAAAACCCACAAAAGUCUUCUAUUAUUUUGGCAGACAGUUCAGUAAAGGCAACUGUAAAUAAUGUAACUUCUACAAACGAGGUUCCUGCAGCAACUGAAAUGUCUGCAGAACCUCCUCUUCAAACUGCGAAGGAAAAAGAGUGCUGGCACCUUUACCGUCGCAUGUGUGACAAAGGAGUUUUUGUUUCCUUCGAUACUGUAUUAAGAGGAAUGCUAACACCAACUGAAUAUCGAAUACGCCAAAAGGAAAUUUCUCAAAAUUGCUGA